AAGGCCAGGCCGGGGCGGGAUGAUGGAGGAGGAGGAGCUCGAGUUUGUGGAGGAGCUGGAAGCCGUGCUGCAGCUCACCCCGGAGGUGCAGCUCGCCAUCGAGCAGGUGUUUCCAAGCCAGGAUCCUCUGGACCGAGCAGAUUUCAAUGCUGUGGAAUACAUCAAUACCCUUUUCCCAACAGAACAAUCUCUGGCAAACAUAGAUGAAGUCGUGAACAAGAUUCGAUUGAAAAUAAGGAGACUGGAUGACAACAUUCGAACAGUAGUGAGAGGUCAGACUAACGUGGGGCAGGAUGGAAGGCACGCACUGGAAGAGGCUCAAAAAGCCAUCCAGCAGCUCUUCGGCAAAAUUAAGGAUAUCAAAGACAAAGCCGAAAAAUCAGAGCAAAUGGUUAAGGAAAUCACGCGGGACAUCAAGCAGCUAGACCACGCCAAACGCCACCUGACCACUUCCAUAACCACACUGAACCACCUGCACAUGUUGGCAGGAGGUGUGGAUUCCCUUGAAGCCAUGACAAGGCGACGACAGUAUGGAGAAGUUGCCAACCUUCUACAGGGUGUGGUGAACGUCUUGGAACACUUUCACAAGUACAUGGGGAUUCCACAGAUUCGGCAACUUUCAGAGAGAGUAAAGGCAGCCCAGACUGAGUUAGGGCAGCAGAUCCUGGCUGAUUUUGAAGAGGCUUUCCCUUCCCAGGGUACCAAGAGGCCUGGAGGCCCCAGCAAUGUCCUGCGAGACGCAUGUCUGGUUGCUAAUGUGUUGGACCCCAGGAUCAAGCAGGAAAUCAUCAAGAAGUUUAUUAAGCAGCACCUCUCUGAAUACCUGGUGCUCUUUCAAGAAAACCAAGAUGUUGCCUGGCUCGACAAAAUUGACAGACGUUAUGCCUGGAUAAAACGCCAGCUUGUGGAUUAUGAAGAGAAAUAUGGGCGUAUGUUUCCCCACGAGUGGUACAUGACCGAGAGGAUUGCUGUAGAGUUCUGCCAUGUCACAAGGGUGGAACUUGCCAAGAUCAUGCGUACCCGAGCUAAGGAGAUCGAAGUGAAAUUGCUUCUGUUUGCUAUCCAGAGGACAACCAACUUCGAGGGACUCUUGGCCAAGCGCUUUUCUGGCUGCACCCUGACAGAUGGGGCCCUGAAAAAGGUUGAGGUCCCUCCACCAUGCACCAAUCCUUUCCUGGAAGAUGAGCCCAGCUCCGAGAUGGAGGAAUUGCCAAUGGACAAAGGAGACUUGGAUCAGCCAAAGAAGCCAAAAGUCCCGGAAAACCCGUUUCAUGGAAUCAUUUCCAAGUGUUUUGAGCCUCAUCUCUACGUGUAUAUUGAAUCCCAGGACAAGAAUCUUGGGGAACUGAUUGAUCGAUUUGUUGCUGAUUUCAAGGCCAUGGGGCUUCCCAAAGCAAACACGGAUGAAGGCGGUGCUGUGCUGCCCAGCUGUGCUGACCUCUUUGUCUAUUACAAGAAGUGCAUGGUACAGUGCUCACAGCUCAGCACUGGGGAGCCAAUGAUUGCUCUGACCACCAUAUUCCAGAAGUAUCUCCGGGAAUAUGCUUGGAAAAUACUCUCCGGCAAUUUGCCCAAGACCACUAGCACCAGUGGAGGGCUGACCAUCAGUAGCCUCCUCAAGGAGAAGGAGGGCUCCGAAGUGGCCAAGUUCACUCUGGAGGAGCUCUGCCUCAUCUGCAGCAUCCUAAGCACGGCCGAGUACUGCUUGGCCACGACCCAGCAGCUUGAAGAAAAACUCAAAGAAAAAGUUGAUGCGAGCCUUAUUGAAAGGAUCAACCUGACGGGGGAGAUGGACACAUUCAGCACUGUCAUCUCCAACAGUAUUCAGCUGCUGGUUCAGGACCUCGAUGCUGCCUGUGACCCUGCUCUUACUGCCAUGAGCAAGAUGCAGUGGCAAAAUGUUGAGCACGUUGGUGACCAGAGUCCAUAUGUCACCUCUGUGAUUCUUCACAUAAAGCAGAAUGUCCCCAUCAUCCGAGACAACCUGGCCUCCACACGCAAGUACUUCACUCAGUUCUGCAUCAAAUUUGCAAACUCCUUCAUGCCCAAGUUCAUCAACCAUCUCUUCAAGUGCAAGCCAAUUAGCAUGGUGGGAGCGGAACAGCUGCUGCUGGAUACCCAUUCUCUGAAGAUGGUCCUCCUGGAUCUGCCUUCCAUUGGCUCCCAGGUGGUGAGGAAAGCGCCUGCCAGUUACACCAAAAUUGUCGUGAAGGGCAUGACCCGGGCCGAGAUGAUCCUCAAGGUGGUGAUGGCCCCUCACGAACCCUUGGUGGUGUUUGUGGACAACCUCAUCAAACUCCUGACAGACUGCAACACAGAAACCUUCCAGAAGAUACUGGACAUGAAGGGUCUUAAGAGAAGCGAGCAGAGCAGCAUGCUGGAACUCUUCCGCCAGCGGCUUCCCACCCCACCGUCAGCAUCAGAGGGUCCUGGCUCCACGUCCCUGACAGCGCCGACACCUGAACAAGAAUCAUCCCGUAUCCGAAAACUGGAGAAACUCAUCAAAAAGAGACUCUAAGCAAGCAGGAGAGGGGCCCGGGUCCCCUUUGCCAGAGAGUGGUGCAUCUAACACUCACUAGGCAGCUGUUUCGGAAGACCCUUAGGGCUCGCCUCUCCUCUCUCCAGCUCUCAGAUCAGCAUCAGCCCCUCAUGUUUUCCUGGGAAAUUUGGGUUUGUCAAUGUACAUUUGCCGUAUUGUGUGGUGACUCCUUCCCUAUGCUACGAAGCCGGUUUGAUGAGAGAAAAAGAAGAGCGUGGUUUGGGUUCUGUCUUCCACUGCUCAGGACCCUGUUAGCGGGCACUGUUUCAAAACCAUCUCUAAUUCCUAAAGACAGAGUCUUCAGACAGAGAAAGUGGAAGUUUGCUUUUUAUUUUCAUCCACCGGCUUCUCACUGUUGUGUCAUUUUUAGGGACUCAUUGCAUGUCACCUCUAGGCAUCCCCCCAACUAACACCAGACCUUCCUUACCUUGAAACUGCCCAUUGAUAACUCUGCAGUAAAAUGCCUUUUCCUCCUCUCCUUCUAGAGUCCUCUAUCUGAUUAGCCCCCUGGCAGUGCUUUGGAGCUGCGGUGGAGGGAUCUCUUGAGUCCUGAGCAUGUGGAAUGACAGUUGCUCCUGGGGAUAUGCCCACCCGCUCACCAAGCCAGCUUUCCUAGCAUCUUACGGUUUGCCUGGGCCUGGGUUCGCCAUUUGGCCAAGUUACGUCUCUGCUCUUUCCAACUUUUUCAGCUUAGGGUCUGGUUUCUACAGCCUUCUAAGGAAGCUGUCCCUCUGCUUGUGGGCCAGGCCCUUAGAGGCUGAGUGUCUGAGGAUAUAUUGGGGUCAUUGUGAGAGCAGACAGACAUCUGCUCUGAGGAAAGGAUUCUGCUUGACAUUCUUACUUAGUAGGGUUGCAGAACUGUGUUUCCCAUUCCCAUUUCUGUGCUCAUCUCCUCUCCCUUUCUCCCCCCUCCCUCAGCCCCAGUAGCUCUUGGCUUCUUAGGAGGGGGCUUGGGCUGAGUGGGAGGCAAAACCAGGAAUCUCACUUGGUGGAUUGAAGCCUACUAGGUGGGACUGUGGGAAAACCACUGUCUCCAUCGCUUUUCCACCCAUUCCCCACACCCUAUUAAUUCAGAGACAGUCCUUAUAGCUGUCCAUCCCUAAGAUGAAUUUGAAGUAGCAGAUGUUAUAUACAUACAUAACUGGAAUGCCAUCUUAUUUAAUUACUAAUGAAAACAGCACCAAGGGCUCACGAAGUGAGAUACUAGUCUGAAAGAACUGGCUUUUAGGCCUCCUAGCCUGCCCAUUGUACCAGCCCCUCCUUGCCCCUAGCCAUCUCCAUGGACUCUCUCUCACUAAUCUGACUUGCUCUUAGAGAUAAUAACACAAUAGCCCUUUGGUUUCCUAGAGAAAAAUGAUUCCUCCUCAAUAUUAGGAAAUCAUUUCCCGUGGCCACAGAAAGUGUGAAAUGUCUGUUACUACCGAACUUUAUUGGAAGCCAAUUUGGGGUCACCUCUGAGAAGGAUGGCAGGAUAAGGGUGACCUAUAUUGGUCUAUGUCCUUUAUUCAGGUGUAUAUAUUUCAGAGGGAAUGUGAGAAGGAAGGAAGAGAUGCAGCCUUUUGUUUGCAACACAUCCGAUAUCAGCUGGAGGCCAACCUGACCUAUAAAGGGGGGAAAGGGUGAGGAAGAGUUCUGAGAAAUUCAGAGAAUACCCGAGUUUGAAAAUCAAAAAAUAGGCUUUUCUUCUUCGUCUUCUUCUUCUUCUUCUUCCCUCUCCACUAAUUGUUCUAUCCUGUUAGCCUGUUUCCCUGAUGUGUUUCAUUGGUCCCAAUUCUGGCCUUCUGAAUUCAUUUCAUUGGUUUUUAUCCUUUCUUGCUAAUUAAGGGGGCUUUUUGCUCCUGGCCUUCUUAGACUGCAGGACAUUGAUGGGGAAACAUGAAAAUUUGGGAUUGGGAGAAUAUUUAUAAUUUGAUUUUGACAUAAAGGCUAGGUAAACAGAUGACUGCUGUGGGACUGACCUAGCAAUGGACGAAUUUCAGCGGUGUUAGGCUAGUAACAGGGUUGGCUUUGGAGAGGUAAUUCAGCUGACAUCAACUGAAUUUACUUCUUCCUUUCUUGGGAGUUGAUAGCAUCUCCCUUCCACCCUUUCCCACCAUAUUUGGGAUGGUUGGUUUGAAUUCGGUCCAUCUCUGAUUCUUUUCUGUGUCCAGGUGGUUUCUUCAGCUAGCUGACUCAGCAGGUUGUGAAAGUCCCAGUUCUCAGUAUUUAGUGAGGCCGUUUCAUUCCCAGUGGUCCGUUUCUGGGAUGAUCUGCCAAGAUGCAUUUACCCCUCAGUGCCCUGGGUCUCCAGCACCUCCUCUCUGACAGGCCAACAAGAGUCAGUAGGUCUCAGAUGAAGUGCUGCAUUCCCCGAGCUGAACACUACAGAUGGGCUUUGUGUCGUGGUGGUGUGGAGAGCCCUCUUUAAACAGAUAUCUCACUGGCUCUUUAACCAAAAUGUAUCUCUUGUAUGUUCGAGGUAGUUCAGACAUCACAAACAAUAUUCUUUGCUGAUUGCUCGCUGCUUAAAUUUACAGUUGAUGUCGAUGUUAUGGCCCAUGCCUGGAGCCUGACUUUUUUCACAGUCUAGGCUCUUUUGAUGUUCAAGCCCAGAACAGUAGAUCAGCAGCAUUGCCCUUACUUCUGAGCAGCCUGCUGACGAGGGCAUCCCUUGGCAGCUUUGUUGUUUGGUUAACUCUAAACAGGUGCCUACUCUUCUCCAUUUCCCAGAUCCUUUAGGGAAGAAAGGAAAUCCUGAACACUUGAAAGUGGUUCAAGCCAAAUAUCUGCCUAUAAUGUUGGUCAUUUACAAUCUCCCAAAAGGGAUGCCUUCCAUUCGGGCUGGAUCAGUGCUUUGUUCUUUCAUUUGGAUUAUUUAGAGUGAAAAAUCAAUAAACCUCAACCGAGCAGGAAGAGCCUAGGCUGGAGAAGUCAGAUUGGGGACGUUAUCUAUAGCUCGGACGUCGGAACUGAUGAGUGGUGGGAUCCUGCGUUAAAAAACAGUCAUGGAGAGUUCUGACCUCCACUUCGAACUUCAGAAUGAGUUAGUCGGGGUCUUGUUUUUCGCCACCCAAAAACAGCCAGCCAGGCUUACUGGCCUGCACAUCAGCACUCAGCAGCUGCUUCGCCCUACCUCCCACGCCACUUUGUCACAUGCAGUCAGUUCAUUUGAGCAAGCUCACUAGCAGAUAUUCUCCCAAAGACAAGUGUAACAAAGCUCGUCAGCUCGCCCUGGAACGAUCCAGCAGACUAUUGGCCAAUCAGCCGAGGGAGCCAGCAAACUCUGCCAGAUGUUGGUACUUAUAUCAUGGUUUGUAUUGAAAUGCUAUAGAUACACUAGCCACGGUGCCUGAUAGAACCAGGCUGCUUGGAGGGUGAAGGCAGAUGGUUUGUGUGUCUUGUUCUGGUCGGGAUCUUUAUUCAAAAUGAGCAUGGUGGUGGUAAGAGAGUAGAGCCAAAUACUGAAUUCACGGGCGUAUUAGAAAGCCAGUCGACAUAAAGGACAUGUUUGUCUUCUUUUAUGUAAAAUAGUUUCCUAUUUCCUUGUAUUUAUCAAACUGGGUGCUUCUGGAGCCCUCAAAUUGGACACCUAAGUAAGAUGUAAAUUUCCUUCCAAUAAAAGGAUGGUGUUUUUUUGUCGUAAAUGUCUUCAUGUUCCCCAUCUGGAAGUGAUUUCUUGGUGUAUAUUGGAGCGUGACACUGUAGCUAAUUAAACCAUUAUUGUAUGUCA